AUGUCAUCAGAGUCCUCCCUGGAGGUUGGCGUCGAAAUCGCCGCACAGAACGCAAAGAUGAUACUCGGACCCUACUCCAGCCAGCAGGAAGGUCUCCCGAACUGGAUUCGCUAUCAUGGAGCAGUGGAGCCAUUCGAGCCGGGCGAACUAUUCAGCAAGGAACAGCGCCAAAUCGUCCUGGUCAUGGUCGGUCUGCCAGCUCGCGGCAAGUCCUUGAUCGCCGGCAAGGUCGUCAGAUUCCUCAAGUGGCAGAACGUCAUCGCAAAGAUCUUCAACGUAGGCAGCUACCGUCGUACCGACAACCCUCAUCCAGGUGCCAACUUCUUCGAUACCACCAACAAAGAUGGCGAGCGUGCCCGGAAAGCUGCCGCAGAAGCCGCCGUCGCCGACAUGCUGGAGUGGUUCAAGGACAGCAGUAACAAGGUCGGCAUUCUCGAUGCUACCAACUCUACCAAAGAACGUCGCAAGUGGAUCUACGACAAGAUCACCGCCGCUGGUCUGCUCCACAUCUUCAUCGAGUCUAUCUGCGACGACGAGGAUAUCAUCAUGCACAAUAUUCUUGACGUGAAGACUACCUCUCCAGACUAUGUUGGCCAAGAUCCCGAGCUUGCUGCGAAAGACUUCCGUGAGCGCAUCAAGAACUACGAGAAGAUCGCCAAUGUCGGCAAUCAUAUCGAAAUCAACCGCAUGAUGGACUAUCUCCAGACCCGGAUUGUCUACUAUCUGACCAACCUUCAUAUCAAACCUCGCUCUAUCUGGCUUUCCCGACAUGGUGAAUCCGAAUACAACUUGACGAAGCAGAUCGGAGGAGACGCUGACCUGACCAAGAACGGACAAGCAUACGCCAAGCUGCUGCCAGAGCUCCUGAUCAAGUCUGGUCUUCCUACUGAUGAGAAGAUCGUCGUUUGGACCUCCACACUCAAGCGUACCAACCAGACCGCCAAACACGUGGUUGAGGAGCUCGGCUACAGCAAGCUGGAGUGGAAAGCCCUUGACGAAAUCGAUGGUGGCAUCUGCGACCACAUGACUUACGCGGAAAUCAAGAAGAAGUACCCAGAGGACUUCGCCAGACGCGACGAGGACAAAUACAACUAUCGGUACCCGGGCGGCGAGAGCUACUACGACGUCGUCAAGCGUCUCGAACCAAUCAUCAUGGAGCUGGAGCGUGGCGGAAACGUCAUGAUCAUCACCCACCAGGCUGUUCUGCGCUGCAUCUGGGCGUACUUCAACGAAACUGGCUCCGAUAAGUCCCCCUGGGUCAAGAUUCCGCUGCACACCCUCUUCAAGCUCACUCCGCGUGCGUACGGCAACAAGGUGGAGGAGUUCGCGUCGGGCGUCGCUGGUGUGAGCACGCAUAGGCUCAAGGGAGAGGUCGAGGAGGGUGCUUAG